AAGUACAGUUCGCAGUCCAGUUCGCAAACAAAAGACGUCUUUUUAAMUCAAUUUUUCUCGUUCUCCAUCUUUGUGAGUAUUCUAGCAUUUUCUCUAGUAUUUCAUAAAUCAUGGAAGGCUCAAGUAAGGAUAGUUCAAGCUCAAGAACGCCAGAAAAUGUAGCCGAAAAAACAGCUGAAAUUGUAUCCAACAUGGCGCUGGCACACGAACUAGUUAUGAACGAUAAAUUCGAGUUUCAGGAUUUUCCGGACAAUUCGAUUGAAAAGCAUGUUAAAGAGAUUGUCCACAAAGCAUUCUGGGAUAAAUUGAGGGAAGAUCUUGAGUCAACCCCGCCUGUCUAUACUCAUACGUUAAAUCUUUUAGUAGAAUUGAAAGAGAAUCUUCUAGGCCUUCUUCUUCCUCAACACAAGAGUUUUAGAUCAAUGAUUAAUGAAUUUCUAGAUGUUGAAUUGAUCAAACAAAAGAUUGAGCAUGAUGCUCUUGAUCUGCCGCAGUAUGCAAAAGCUGUAGUAGAUAUAUUGUCCAAACUSUGUGCRCCAGUACGAGAUGAGCAAGUACAAGCCCUGCUGAAUGUCAAUGGAGUCGUUGACAUGUUUAGGGAAAUAUUCAAAGUUAUUGACCUUAUGAAAAUGGAUAUGGCAAAUUUUCAAAUUCAGGCUCUAAAACCACAGCUUCUUCAACAGUCCAUUGAAUAUGAAAGAACAAAGUUUAAACAAUACUUAGARACCAAUCCAGAUGGACUGACAUCAACUAAAGUUUGGCUUUAUAAAGGAAAAGAAGUAGCAACAGCUUCAUCAUCAUCAUCUUCUCAUGAUACCACUGAUUCUCCUGGUGUGAAGCACCCUCAAGUGCUUGCUUAUUCUUACCUUGGUAUUAUAUUUGGAGAACCUGACUGGCCAUAUCCUGAGACAUUAAUCAUGGAUGAGCUGCGUCUGGCUGAGAUGAAAUCAAGUGUCCAUAGAACCACACUAUUAGGAUGCAUUAUUUUGGUUACCAUGCAAACUGUAGCUAGGCAGCUGCAAGGYGAUGCUGCCUUUUUAAAAGACUUGAAACAAGUGUUGAUUAUAUUAUUAGAUGGAAUACCAGAGGGGGAUGUAACAUCAUCAAUGACAAGUAUUUAUGAACAAGUCAAGCAAGAAACAAAUAAGUAUUUAGCAAAACGAGGAUUUUCUGAAAUAGCAGAGGACCAAGAAGUGUUAGUCAAAGGACAAAUAACUUCAUUAGGAGAUCCAAACCAGAAUUUGAGAAAACUAUUAUCAAAGCGUGCUUAUGACUUCAUGUUUAAUGUCGUCAAUGUUCUGUUACAACAUGGCAAUAUCAACAAGACAGGACAACUUCCCRUCCCYCCUGGAUUAGAUGCUGUUGGAACUGAAUUAUCUGAACUAGCAGUACGAUUUGGACGUUUAGUUUGUCAUAAUGCUAUGACAUAUAAACCAUUUUACAAUGAUAUACUAGAAAGUACUGAACAUACUUAAUCAACAUGURAAAAAGAGAAGGGUGUAUGGGUUACCUGUGUAAUUYACAUCWUGAAUCUGRUGCAAUAUUUGAGAGUAACAGAGGGAAGGGUGGGUGACUAUAGCUUUUGUAAGAAUUUUUGGAUUUUUGUGAAACAUCUACAACCAAAAUUUUAAUUAGUAUUGGCUUGAAUAGAGUGUGGAAGCUAUAAUAAUUUAUUAUUUUUGUACAGUUUUUUGAAUAUUAUAUUUUACAGUGAUUCAGAUAUUUCUAAAUUUCAUUUAUACUAAACAUUUAAUUCCCUUUUGUUGUUUUCCUUUUUGUCUCACACUUCCCUUUCUUUMUUUCAUUCCUUUUCAAAUUCUGAAUUCUUUCCUCCCUGGUAUUCUCUUUUAUUAUUAUUUUUUCACUUAUUUUUAUUUUGAGCGAUUGGAAGUCCUCAAUCAAGUACGUUGUGCAUAAAUCAACUAUUUUAGGUAGUUAGUAUCUUAAAAUAAAAGAAAUUACUGUGUGACAUGGUUUGGCAAGAUUUCAUGUGAUAAUUAUAAAUAUAUUUAUAUAUAAGGUAAUAACAAAAAUUAAAAUAUUUUAUACUUUAA